UGAAAUUAGGAUCAAAUACUUCAUGUAAAGUGUACAGUAUAUUUAAGGAUUGUAGGUCUAUUAAAAUUUGGCUUUUGAAUGUGAAAUAGGCUACAUUAUUGUUAUUUCAGUUUACACGGAAUUUCUUGUCUGUAUCGAAUUGCGUGUCGAUUAUUCAUAUAUCUGUUUGCGGAAAUGAAAUUGACGAUUCCUUUUUAAAGAUAAAAAAAAUAUAUAUCGCUUUGCUGUCGGCUGGUUCCCGAUUCAUCAAUACUAGUAAUACAAGGAAUAGUUUGUUCAAGCGAAAAUAUCGUAAAUGUGUUUCCACAUUUUUUUUUUAUAUUUUAACACCGGGUACGAUUAUGAUUGACUGUUUGAGAAAAAGAAUAUAGAAUAAAUCUCUCCUGGAAAUAUUUUGAAAUAACGUUCACGGAAAUACAGUGUUCUAUAGUUAUUUUACUUGUAUAUAUCUGUCUUACGACAGCAUUUUGUAUUGUGAUAUGUUGACCAGACUUCACGGAGUUGUUUCAUGAAAUCAACAAAUGUUUUUUAAUAUAAUGAAACCUUUCUGUACUUGUCUGGUGCCAAAUUCAUAGUGAUUAACUGUGGUACAGAUAACUAAAUUUGUCAGGUAAAACGGUUUCGUUCAGUUGGAUUAUGAACUAUUUUGAAGUAUACAAUAUUCCAUGAAUAUAAAAAAAGAGUGUACUAGAAUUUAAGUCUUUAAUAAUUAAUCUGUACUAGAAUGUGAUAUUUUAUCGUCUGCGAGUGACUUUCAUCUAAAACAUGAAUGCUAUUAUUAAAGUAUGUUUGCUAAACAUGAAUAUAGCUAAAUAUUUUGAUGAAAUAAUUGCAUUUGUUUAACUCAUUUGCUGCGAAAGCCAAAUUAAUUAAUAUUGUCAUGGAUAGAAGUAACUUGAUAACUAAGGGUAAACUAAAUGAGUAUUCGUUGUUUCGGUCUGUGGUCUGAAUAUAUUGUAAACACUUUAAUUAACAUUCUGAAUAAUUCAGCUUAACGUUGAUACAAUGUAAUAAAAUUAAUUUAUAUCUAUCUAUAUUUGGAAAUAUUGUGUGUUUUCCUCUGCGACCGACUUCGUGACCAGCAGCUGUUUGUCUGUUUGCGGAAAUGAAAUUAACCAAUGAUCUUAAUACAUCAAGACGUUUACACACUCAUCUGGCGCCAAAAUUAUAUCAAUGAUACCAGAAACCAAUAUACUGAGGGGAAAUUUGGCAACAACUGGAUAUUCUAGAUAUGUGAUAGAAAUAAAUUCAUGAUUGCUUCGACUGUUUGACCCUAACGGUAAAGUGUGUAUUGCAAUGUUAUUGAUACAUUUAUUUGCUUUAGAACGAGAGCUGCCAUUGACUGAGAGGAAAUUGUACAACUGCGUGCAAUAUUUGAUUUGAUAUCUCUAAGUGUAAUUUGAUAUUUUUCGGCAUGGCAAGAAAUAGGAGGAUUUCGACGUCUAUGAAAUUUGCAGUAGGACAGGGAUGUUUCUUGUUUCUUGUACUUGUCCUGUGUGUUGGAUUUUCUGUGACAAAGGUUAUAGUUGGUUCCGAGUAUGUGAGCAAAUGUCCUUCAAGGGAAAUGAUCCCAGUGUACAUUAUUGUAAGCGGUUGUCUCCCUGUAUUGUUAAGCGCAGUGAGACAACGAUAUGACAGUACCCAAGCAUCGGAGAAAGAGAGAUGGUCUAUGAAAAUAACGCUUGUUACCACCGUAGUUGGAGUGAUGGUCAACCUUGCGUGGCUUGUGGCCGGGACAUAUCUAGUUGUAACGACAUGGAGUGGAACUAUUUGUAAUACACCAGAAAGGGUUUUGACAAGCUUACUGCCUCAGUUUUCGACUACACCCGCACCAAAUGCGACUGUCAAAUCAAAUCAUGCCAACAGUCAAGGGAUAUUAACACAAUCUUUUACCGAAAUCCCCAUACCUAAUGCUACCGGCAACGGCAUUCGUAAUGUCAAGAAUACGAACAAGAGUCUAGACCAAGAUCGCGCUGAUGAAGAUGAAAAUAAAGUAAGUCCGAACAAUAAGGAGACUGAAAGGAAAAUAAUGGAUAAUGUGAGAUUAAAGAAUCUGACGCUUGGUGAAAACAACACAUUCUUUACACCUUUUAAUCAUACAAAUAAAGCACUAGUAAACAUAAAUGAAACAAAGAAAGAUCAAACUUUUAUGAAAGGAGAAGAAAAAACUAAAAGUGGUGCUUCCCGCACAAGUAAUAAAGACUCUUUGAAUGAGAUUGAAAACGGCGAAGACGUUGAUGACCAAAUUUAUCAAAUUAAUGGUGACAAAAACCUUGAAGGUUUGAUAAACGAUAGAGUUUCUAAGACUGGUAAGCAAUCUAAGAAUGGAGAUGUAAGCACCAAGAGUGUAACAGACGUUGAAAGAAGUCAGACUAAGUUAUUUGAUACCGAUAUCAGAAUAAACAAGGUUCAUAAUGAGCACAAAUAUUACUCUGAGUUUACUAACUCAUCUAGUCAAGACAAGUUAUGUAUAACAUGUAAUAAAGAUAUUUUAAGAUUUUCUCUGGCGGUAGUUGUAAUAGACUGGGUUUGUGUAAUAUUUGGGAUAAUGUACUUCUGCCAUUUUGUUUAUUAUAGAUUUUCAUCCAUAAAGGAGCAUAUUUUGCUAAUAAAUGCUUAAAACUUAACAGUUACAAACAGUUGAAAUAACAUUAAAUUGUGUAAAUAAAACGUCUUCUUUUGUUCCU